AUGGUACGCGAGUUUCAAUCCGUGAUUGGGAAAGAGACGAGAAGGCAAGCGAGUCAGCUAUGGGGUGGUAAGCCUGAUGUGCUGGUGGCUUGUGUGGGGAGUGGCUCAAACGCCUUAGGUUUGUUCCAUGAGUUUGUUGGAGAGGAGGAUGUACGGUUAGUCGGAAUCGAGGCGGCAGGGCUUGGUCUAGAUUCAGGGAAACAUUCAGCUACUUUGGCCGUUGGGGAUAUUGGUGUAUACCAUGGUACCAUGAGCUAUUUAUUGCAAGAUGAUCAAGGUCAGAUACUUAGACCACAGUCCAUAGGAGUAGGGUUAGAGUAUCCCGGAGUUGGACCGGAGAUUAGCUUUCUGAAAGAAACCGUGAUUGGCCAAAUGAUAUGUCACCUUUUCCCUGCUUGA